GACGUAAAAUUAAAAAGAAUUGAAGGAGGGGGACAGACACGACGACGAGGCAAUCUUCUCUAAAACUAGAACUACUUUUAUUCCUUUAAAAAUUAACAUACGUCCGAAGUCUGCUUCUCACAUGAUAGAAAUUAUAAAACACACGAAAAUUAAACAUUACAUUACAUAUAUUGUGACUUAAUAUAUUCAAUACCAAGACAACAUGGGGAAAGCAAAAAAAGGAAAGAAGAACCUGGCUGCAGAUGAUGGUAGCAGCGAUGUGGAGUCAACCAACAUCGAUACUGUUCAACCGGCGCCUAAUAAGGGUAAAAAAAUCAGUGUUGAUUCAGAUGAGAGUGACAGUGACAAACCAAAAACUAAAUCCAAGUCUAAAAAAGUUGAUACUGAUGUCAAGGAAGUCACAAAGAACAUUAAGAAUGUAUCAAUUUCCAAUAAGAAUCAAAAAAAGAAACAAGAUGUCAGUAGUGAUGAUGAAUCAGAUGUGGAGGUGGAGCAAAAACCCAAGAAAAAUAAGAAAAAAGAGGAGAAAAGUGCAUUUUCUUUGUUAGCCAUUGAAGAUUCAGGAGAAUCAGCUCCUGAAGCACCUCCAUCUUCAGAUGAUGAAAAACCAGUACAGAAACAACAAAAGAAACCAGCUCAGGAGAAAAAAGAGCCUGCGGGUAAAAAAGGAAAAAAAGCAAAGAGAAAGAAAGGUGAUAGUGAUGAGGAUAUAGAAAAAGUUUUAGCUGAACUUGAAAUGGAAUAUGCCGGAGUUAAGACUGAACCAACACCUGCUCCAGUAGAGGAAAAACCUCAAGAAGAGGUUGAAGAUAAAUCUAAAAACAAGAAAAAGGGUAAAAAAGAGGAAGUAACAAGUAAAACAGAAGAAACACCUGCAGAUGAAAAAGAUAGUGAUAAUGAAAAUGAUGUAACGAUUAAAACUGCUGCUCAGAAGAAAAAAGAAAAGAAGGAACGUGAGAAGUUGAAAAAACAAGAAGCUAAAAAGAAAGAGCAAGAACCUAAAAAAGAUGUAAAUGAUAGUAAAACACCUGCCAAGGCACCUGAGACUAAGGCUGAUAUUCAGCCAACAGAAAAUCAGGUUGUUAAAGAAGAAACAAAGGAAACUGCAGAAGAAAAAGAUAAAGAUGCUGAGGGAGAUGCUCCUGUAACUGAAGGAAAGAAGAAGAAAAAAGGUGAUAAGGCUGAAAAAGACGAUAAAGGUAAAAAAGGUCCUACUAAAAAGACUAUUGCAGCAAUGCAAGAAGCGCUUAAGAAAGUUAAGGAGGAAGAGGAAAGGCUCAAAAAAGAAGAGGAAGAAAGGUUAAAACAAGAAGAAGAACGUGAGCGCCAAAGACUCGAAGCUAUAAGACUAGAAAAAGAACGCAAAGAGAGGAAAAAGCAAAAAGAAAAGGAGAGAAAAGAAAGACUUAAAGCUGAAGGAAAGCUAUUAACCCCAAAACAAAAAGCGGAAAAGGCUAGGGCUCAAGCUAUGUUGGAAUCAUUGAAAGCACAAGGAAUUGAAAUAGGAUCAACAGAAAAGAAACCUCCACGGUUAGGAACUAGAAUUAAGCCACAGAAAUUAAAAUCUCAAAUGUCACAAGAAACACCCACAACUCCUGCAGAGGAAAAGAAGUUUGACUUGGAUGUCGUACAGAAAAAGGAAGAGCCUCAAAAAUCUGAGGUAAAGAAGGAAGAUAAUGAUUUGAUCAAAGACUCUUGGGAUGCGGAGUCGUCUGAGGAAGAAAUCGAAGAGCCCGCUAAGCCUGAACCUGCGCCGGCGCAGGCUGCAAGUCCUGCUAAGGAGCCUGUUAAGUCAUCACAGGAUAAACAGAAAUCGAAGCAAGAAGAAGAAAGUUCAGAUGAAGAGGAUGGCAGCUCAGAAGAGGAUUCAAGUUCCGAAGAAGACAGUGAAGAUGAUCAGAUGACUGAUGCCCAAAAGAAGAGGGAGGUUGUUCUUAAGAGAUUAGAGAAACGUCGCGAAGACAAUGAACAAAACAAAGCCAACAAUCCUCUCCGUGCGGCUGUGGUGUGUGUACUAGGUCAUGUAGACACCGGGAAGACUAAGAUUCUGGAUAAGCUGCGUCGUACUAACGUACAGGAUGGAGAAGCGGGUGGUAUCACCCAACAGAUUGGUGCCACCAAUGUACCCAUUGAGAAUAUUAAAGAACAAACAAAGCAUGUUAAAGGGGUGAAUGAAAUAGCGUUCAAAUUGCCAGGUCUACUAAUCAUUGACACUCCUGGACACGAGUCAUUCAGUAAUCUCAGGAAUCGAGGAUCCUCGUUAUGUGAUAUCGCGAUUUUGGUAGUAGAUAUAAUGCACGGUCUAGAACCGCAGACAAUAGAAUCAAUAAAUCUACUAAAGCAGAAAAAGACUCCGUUUAUAGUGGCUCUGAACAAGAUAGACCGGCUGUACGACUGGCAGAGUGCGCAGCGCAAGGACGUGCGAGACAUCCUGAAGCUGCAGCAGCCCAACACACAGCUGGAGUUUGAUAAGAGGAGCAAGGAGGUCAUUGUACAGUUUGCGGAACAGCGAGGGCGACACGAUGAUCCUGGCGGGCACGGACGGGCCCAUCGUCACGCAGAUACGCUCCCUGCUCAUGCCGCAGCCUAUGAAGGAGCUUAGAGUCAAGAACGCGUACAUGGAGCACAAGGAGGUGGUGGGGGCGCAGGGGGUGAAGAUCGCCGCCAAGGAGCUGGAGAAAGCCAUCGCCGGACUCAACCUGCUCGUCGCGCAGAAACCCGAUGAAGUGGAUGUCUUGAAGGAGGAGGUGGCGCGCGAGCUGAAGUCUGCGCUGUCGUCCAUCAAGCUGACGGAGCGCGGCGUGUACGUGCAGGCCUCCACGCUGGGCUCGCUGGAGGCGCUGCUGGAGUUCCUCAGGACCAGCAAGAUACCCUACUCCGCCAUCAGGAUAGGUCCAGUUGUGAAGCGUGAUGUGAUGAAGGCCUCCGCCAUGUUGGAGCACGACUCGCAGUACGCGACAAUACUCGCCUUCGAUGUUAAGAUCGAGCGCGACGCGCAGGAGCUGGCGGACCAGCUGGGUGUGAAGAUCUUCGCGGCGGACAUCAUCUACCACCUGUUCGACAAGUUCACGGCGUACAGGGAGGAGCUCAAGCAGAAGAAGAGGGAGGAGUUCAAGCAUAUCGCAGUGUUCCCCUGCAAAAUAAAGGUGUUGCCACAGUUCGUGUUCAACUCCCGCGACCCCAUCGUGAUGGGUGUGAUGGUGGAGGCGGGCAUUGUGAAGGAGGGCACGCCCAUCUGUGUGCCAAGUAAAGAGUUCGUGGAGCUGGGGCUGGUGACGUCCAUCGAGGUGAACCACAAGCAGGUGGAGACGGCGCGCAAGGGCCAGGAGGUCUGCAUCAAGAUAGAGCCCAUCCCCGGGGAGUCGCCCAAGAUGUUCGGACGACACUUCGAUGAGACGGACAUGCUUGUCAGCAAGAUAUCGCGCGCAAGUAUCGACGCCUGUAAGGACUACUUCCGCGACGACCUCAUCAAGACCGACUGGCAGCUGAUGGUCGAAUUAAAGAAACUCUUCCAAAUCCUCUAGGAAUCUAUCCUCUCGUCUCCAAUGAGACUCAAAGCUCUCGUCCUCUAUGUAGAUGCGAACUUAUUCGCUAUAUCGUCCCCCCGUGUCUGAUCCAUCUAACAGUCGCACGGAAUCUCAUCCUAGCGAAGAUUUUUUUUUAUAAAAAAGUUGGAUUUUCCAUACAAAAUUCUCAUAUAUUCGCCAUGUUUUUAUAUGUUGUAGCUUGUCGAUAAUUUGCAAUACAUUGUAUAUAGACCAUUUAUAUAUUAUUUAUUUCGUUACAACAGACAACCUUUUGAUAUCUUCGUGAUUGUAUGCCGUGACGCUUAGUUUUGAAAUAUAUUUAUUUGUAAAUAUUCAAGGAUUAUUAGAUAAAUUAUUAUGAAAGGCCGUUAUUGAAGCGUAUUUUUAGUGCAAUAUACGAUCUCAUUGGUACGCUCAGUAUUGUCUACGCGGUGCUUUUAAUCGAUUUUUCUAUAUCGAUAUUUUUGCUUCUACUCGAUGUAGGAUAUCGAUAUUCGUCAUCACAAUACAUAUCAGUGUAAACUGAAUGAAUUAUUUCAUUGAAGUAACUAUUACUUUUUGUCACUUUAAAUUUUUUCAUUGUCGAGAUUUCUUGAUGUGUCCAUUGACUUAAAAUACAUAUCGACAAGAUAAUUUACUUGAUGGUUUAUGAAACUUAUCGUAGUUUCCACUACUGAAAAACAUGUAUUAAAACAUUUAUUGUCUCUCUUUUUCUUUAUAAAAGGUAUUUUUUUUCGUGUGUGAUUUUCUUUAGUAAGAUGAGCCGUCGCGAACGUUCCUAGAGCCAACUUGAGAUCGGAUUCAACAGAAGAUACGGAAGGUUGUGUUUUAUGUAGGUGUUUAUCCAUUUUUUUAAUGAUUUGUACUAUAUAGAUGGAAUCGGACAUAUUCUUAUAUUGAAGAAGUUUUAUUAAAUUGAUAAAAACUUAAA